AUGGAAUACGAAUACAUUCAAGUGCGAAGUGGCAGCAUUGAUACUGAUGCCGAUGUGGUGUCUAUUGCCGAUCAACGCGACAGCAUAAGUGCAGAGUCGGCUGAAUCCGAAUACUCGGACAAUGGGGGUGGAUUUGAGGAUGAUGCCAGUAGCAUUAGUUCCCGCAACGCUAAUGGGAAUGCUGUUGCAGGUGGAUUUGGUAAAAGGUGGUCCAAAUCGGAGGACAAUUUGCUGAAACAUCUUGUUGAACAGCAUGGCGACCGGUGGGAUCUUAUUGCUCCACAUUUUAAAGAUCGCACCGAGCCGCAGGUGCAACAACGUUGGGCCAAAGUUUUGAAUCCUGAGCUAAUCAAGGGUCCCUGGACUAAGGAAGAGGAUGAGAAAGUCGUGGAACUGGUCAGACGCUUUGGUCCUAAAAAAUGGACACUUAUUGCCCGUUAUUUAAAUGGGCGCAUUGGCAAACAGUGCCGCGAGCGGUGGCAUAACCAUUUGAAUCCCAACAUUAAAAAAACUGCAUGGACUGAUGAGGAGGAUAGAAUUAUCUAUCAAGCACACAUGCAGUGGGGUAAUCAAUGGGCCAAAAUAGCUAAACUACUUCCGGGGCGUACUGAUAAUGCCAUCAAAAAUCACUGGAACUCAACAAUGCGACGAAAGUAUUAUGACAAUGAACGCAAAUCCAAUCGUCAAUGCACCGAUUUAAAGAGUUCACGUUCCCAUCUGCGGACCCUUAUAAAAUCGGGUGCAACAAUGGCAAUAACUCCUAGUUUAGCAUUGUCAGCACAGAUACUGCAAAGAGCCCAACAACAGCAAGAAUCAAAUGCAGGCAUUCAAAAAGAUAAUGCUGUACAAGCACAAGCCGCUCUAUCCAGCCAGCCAAUUCGACCAACUCCGAAUAUACUAAAAAGAGGUAAAAAUCAGCAGGUACAACGACAUUCUCAAAGUAAUGCUGAUGUACAUGGAGAUAAUCCUGAUAUUAAGUUGCCCGAUUCUCCUAUAAUGACGCCAAUCAAACCUUUGCCAUUUUCACCGAGUCAAUUUCUUAAUUCUCCUUGUCUGACCACAUUCGAAGAUAUGAAUUUGCGUGCCAGUACACCAGUCCAUAAAGGCAACAAUCGCAUGGGUACAGAUAUCAAAAAGGAAUUGGAAAGUUCGUCCAUAGAAACGCCACACAAGAGCUUUAUGGGGCCUCGUACUCCUACGCCCUUCAAAAAUGCACUGGCUGCUUUGGGUAAAAAACGUCGUGGCGAACGCUACAUUCCGCCAAGUCCCUCUAGUCUGGUUGAGGAUUUGGCUGAGAUCAUACACGACGAGCAAUUGAAUGACACCAAUCAGUCGAACAAAGCCACAACUGGAAUUAAAAAGGAGAACAUUCCGUUGUCUGCAGCGCCUGGCAGCAGCGGUGGUGCUGCCAAGUCACAACUACCACCCCCUACAAAGAAAGCACGCAAAUCUUUAAUCACCAGUUGGGGUGAAAAUGUAAUGCCAACUAAUUACCAUCACAACGAUGUUAAAAUUGAUAAAAAGCCACUGCCAUAUGAAACGGAAACGCCCAGUAAAUUUCUCAUAUCUAGUGACUCAAUAGCGUUCUCGCCUUCGAGCAUUAUGAAGGAUACACUCUGCAGUGAGUCAGACUUAUUGUUGGAGGAUCCACGUGAUGCCGAGGCUAAGAAGGAGAAUAAGCCACAGCCGGACAUUGUGGCCCGCCACCGCAGCCAUCAAUACCUGGAUCCUAAGUGGGAGAAAUUGGUUUGCGGCCAGACGAAAGAUCAACAGUAUAUGGUGCAACAGGCGCAUGCAUGCCUCAAGAAUCUCGCGCUAAUGCCGCGUUCACUGAAUUUCGAAAAACAAAAGUAGCCAAAGUGGGGCACUAUCAAUUAACCAAACAAAACCGUUACAAAUUGAAUGAUUUUUUUA